UCGAUUGUCUUCUCAUUGUUUGUGAUGUCAAUAUUGCAGAUGGCGAGAGUUAAGCAGGAGAAUGAUAGCAGCCAAGAACCAGCGCCAGAGUGCAGCACUGCAUGCUCUCCAACUGAUGAUGAUUUCAGCCAACAACAUUAUCUAAUCCCUGGCUAUAAUCUAAUAUUCAUCAAAGAGGAAGAAUAUGUUGAGCAAGAGGCAGAAGGAUGUUCAGUGGAGAGUGAACCGGAGAUGUGGCCUUCAAACUGCAGCACAUCUGAAACUGCCAAUGCAACAGAAGUGGGUGGACUGAAUGCACAUUCAAUAUCUCCAGUGGAAGAGUGCACAGAGCCAUCUGUGGCUGGCAAAAAGAUCAAGCUCCACAGCUGUGCUGACUGCAGCCAUAAAACUCCAUCGAUCACUAUUUGGAAGAGACAUAUGAGAAAACACACUGAGGAAAAGCCUUUCAGUUGUGAGUAUUGCGACUAUAAAUGUAACAAAUCUGGUACUUUGAAGGAACAUAUCAGAACACAUACAGGAGAAACACCUUUCGUUUGCGAGUAUUGUGCCUAUAAAUGUGCUCAAUCAAGUAAUUUGAAGAAACAUAUCAAUACCCAUACAGGAGAAAGACCUUUCAGCUGCAAGUAUUGUGACUAUAAAUGUGCUCAAUCUGGUACUUUGAAGAAACAUAUCAGAACACAUACAGGAGAAACACCUUUCAGCUGCAAGUAUUGUGACUAUAAAUGUGCUACAUCUAGGUCGCCCUGGGCUGUCGUCUGUGGAGGGGCGGAGUGGGGGAUGCUGCUCAUAGUGUGGUGUGUGCCGGCGGGUGGUUGGGGACGGCUGGGCUCCUCGCGGUGUUGGGUGUCCUCCACAUACACCACGGUUGUCAUCUCACAACACUGA